AUGACCCGCCGGAGAUCCUCGGAUCAGACCAAUUCGAAUCCAAGUAUAGCACGGUCAAGAGGACUGACUAGUCAGCCAACUUCCAAUGCUUCGAGCCCGGGCUCAGGUUCUUUACAUGGCGGGCGUUUAUACGCGCCCUCAGAGCCUUCUUCCGCUCUUCCGGGGUACAUGGGCUCCACGAGCUUCACCGCUGUUCUCGUGGAACAUCGCAAUGAGAUCGCAUUCGAGCAAGAAGAGAAUGUGGAAUGCCCAGUUUUGGUGGUGGAACCAGAUCGGAUCCAGUCCGGAGCUGAGGUCCUGCUUUUCCUGUACAAUCUCAAGGUCCGCCGUAAGCUGGUCGACAAGUUUUACUUGCGGUCAUGGAAUGUGGUUGUACCCAAAGUGGUUGUGGAUGCAAUCAUGGACUCCAUUGACGAGAUUUUUGGCGGGUUUAACACCAACGAUUUGAUGCCCCAACUGCAGAGUCUAGCCACUCAGAUCUUCCAGAAUUCCUCGCGAGCAUUGACUACUCAUCAGUCUAUGAAUAUCAAGGACUAUUGCAAUUCGUUCACAGGACGCAAUUUUCGAUGGGAAGCACUUGGCAAUAUUUUCACUCUGUGUGGUCAGCAACUAGUGAUCACCCCCGAGAACGACCCUGUAGUUACCGAGGGGGAUGAACCAGGAACGAAGGACCGACUCUUGGAACAAGUGACCGUGGCCAGUACGAUUUGCCUCAAUUUCUGUGACCAGGCUUCCGCUGCAAAUGAAAUGCUGGCAUAUCUGCAAUAUAACGAUGUCAUGCUACAAACACAGCUUUACGGAGAUUCCAGCUAUCAAGCAUGGCGUCGACUCGGCGAUCUCACAGCGACCAUCUAUGCAGCUGGCCUGCAUGUAGACACCGAAACCUGUCCUUUUUUCCUUCGUCAAUGGCGUCGAUGCUGCUUUACGUCGGCCUUUUACAUGGAUAAAAUGAUGGCUACAUUCGUUGGGCGGCCACCCCUUUUGAAUUACCGAUAUUGCACAUUGACCCCACCUCUGGAUCUGAGUGAUGAAGUCCUUGUUGAAGGGGGUGAGGCUCUGAACCAAGCCAUCUCUGAGCUGGACAGUGCAGGAUGGAGUACAAAUGGGAUUCGCCACCGAAUGUCAACGGGACGAAUUCGAUUCCAACUGUCUGUUUUCAGGGAAAGGACGCUAGAGAUCGCGUUGGGUAGUCAUGAACCGCGUGAUUUGGUUCAAAAGUGCAAUGAAAUCCGUGAGGGUGUACGUGCUGUGUGGGAGUCAACUCCAGACAACCUCCGAUAUGAUCGAAGGCCAAGAGAUGAUUUUCACCACGGGUGGUUGACUCUGGUUUACCUCUAUCUCAACUAUUUAUACACAUGUUUCCUUCUCCAGCGGGCUUUGAUCAAGCACACGAACACCGGGCAGGAGUCGCUCUGUGAACUCUCGCGCCAGGUCCUGAGUAUCGUGAACAGCAUUACCACCAGGCGUAAUCCGAUGGUGGAUCUUGACCGGCAUUACUCUUGGAUUGCCUUGACGUACGGUGUCCCAAGCUCCGGUGUUCUUCUACUUGAACUUUUACAUCAAUCCUGCAAACCUGGACCACACAACGUGGUUCUUCCGCGUGCCGAGCUUGUGCGCAACUUGAGCGUGUUCAUAUCGAUGCUUUCUUGGAUUGCGCGACCUGGGCAUGGCAAUUAUCGCACAUGCAAAGAAGCUGAGAAGAAUCUGUCUCGCAUCCUCGACCGAGUACUCGAUCCACAGCCCGUCCAUCCGGAAAUGAUGCAUGAUGUCACGUCCGAGCUAUCCAGCUUCUUGAACUGGUCGAAUUACAACAGCUGGGACUUUAGCUCGGAUUACUUUCCCGUAGCGAAUGGGUUUGCGCCAUGA